AGCACUGCUUAAUUAUAAACAUAAAAAAAUAUAAAUACUGAAUUAAGCAAAUGCGAAAAUAAAAGUAUUUUCACUUUUCUCUACCUUUUCGAUCAGAUCUCUCGAGAAAAUUAGGAAAAGGAAGAACAAGUAUUGUUUAUCUAUCCGAUUUAACUGUAACACCAUGAAGCCGCGAAAAUCUUCUUUGAAUCCAUUUGCAGCCUCAUAUGUUCCUAUCUCUAAAAGGCCAGAUGCUAUUAGAGUUCCUGGGCCAAAAGGUGCCAUGGACUAUGAUGGGACUGUUUGGUUUCCGACACCUCAAAAUACAACAAACGAUGUCCAAUUUGUCAACAAAAGCGCCCAUAAGCUCUCUCCCGUGAAAAACCAACCUGCAUCUAGUUCUUAUUACGUUUCCCCACCGCAGAGUAUGGUACAGCUGACAGAUAAUCAGUUUAUGGAUGAAGAGGUUGAUAUAGAUUUGGAAUAUCUUAGGAUGACAUUUCCUGGUAUAUCUGAUCAGUCCCUUGUUGAUGUCUACAAUGUUAACAGUGGUGACCUUGAUGCUGCUAUUGAUAUGCUUAGCCAACUUGAGUUUGAUGAUGGUGUUGACUCUUCCGGAAAUCUUCCAGAUACACUGGAUAUUGGUGAUGUUUCAGAACCUGAAUUUCCAGCUGAUUCCGCUUCAUUAAAACAGAAGAAUGUAACAGCCGAAGCCGGUUCUUCAUCUGAGCACUUGUGAAUUGAUUUCCAAGUGUGAAUUGUGAAACGAUUUGCUACUCACAAUUGGUUUGGUUGGGAUAUAAAUAGUGUAAAACUAGGGAAAAUUUGCUUUAGGUGGAGACGUUCAUUACACAUGCGUCGAUUUAUAGACUGUAUAGUCCUUAGCUGCGUCUUGUUUUGCUUAAUAUGGUCUGAAAUGUUCUCUUUUUGAUGUGUUGCUUGUGCCUCUCACAAAUUGUGCAGCUUUCAAUUGUAUGAAUUUGAAGGCCAGUGAAAACAAAAUUGGCCAAAGAGUUAGAAGGAAAAUACACAUAUAAGUGAAGGUGAUUUUUCACUUGGGAAUUGUACCUUGGUGAGCAACUUUGGGGCUUACAUUACAACAGAUAUAAUACAUUAGUUUUAUUUGCCUUUC